AUCACAAUCAUCAUGGCUCCGGACUCGUGGUCCGACGCCGAUAGCGUGUCGCAGGCUUCGCAGCAUUCUCAAAUGUCUAAUCAGGAUAAUUCUCUUGAUCGGCAGCUGAUCCGCCAUUUGAUGCAACGCUAUGGUCGUGAUGGCAUUGCUCAAUUGAUAAACGAGGAGGCAAAUUCAUCGUCCAUCUCCAUCAACGAUGGAGCAUCUGUAGUCACUUCAAGUACCUUUUCUUCUGUAAAGUCUGAGGAAACUCCAAGCAUCUUCGAUAAAGCUAGCAUACGAACUUUUUCAUCCGACAACUCAUCGACUCGAGGCAGUAUCAUCUCCAACGUAUCCGCCCGCACUGCCAAGCUUCUUGGUCGCAAACAGGCUGCUCGCCCUUCCAUCACCCACGAGGAGGAAACGUCACCAGCAUCCAAUGAAUCGUCAACACCAGCACCCAAGCAAAAGGGCUCUUUCACAUGUGGCUUUUGCAGGGAAGAAGGCAUUCAGAAGACAUGCACCCGUAAAAACGACUUGAAGAGGCACAUCGAGGAUUUCCACAACACCAAUGCCCAAUGGUUCUGUCGGCAAAAGGGUUGCGAUAUGGUUUUUGACUGGCAAACAGCAUACAAAACCCAUUUAAAACAAGCUCACGGUGGUUCGCGCAUGGCUCUUGAUGAAGCCAAGGUCAACCUAUGUCCUCAAACUGUUUUUGCUUGUGGUUUUGAGAACUGCUCUCAAGUUUUUGAAUCUCCCAACGAUGACGAAGCCGAUACGAUCUUCAAGGAAUUUGUGGCCCAUGUGGUCAAGCAUUUCGACGAAGGCUCCAACAGCGGAGAGUGGACUUAUUCUGCAAGGAUGCGAAACCUCCUUCGACAAUCUGGUCUGGUGCGUGCCUGGCAGGGCACUUCAUGGGGUGAGGAUGAACGAAGUCAGUUGCAGUGGCACCCUCAGUCCAGCGGCAUUCUCAGGAAACGCCUUGAAACAAGACAUCUCGGUGACCUGCAACUUCUUGUUCAGUAUGCUAUUGCCCUUGGCACAGAGCCUUCGUCGAUCAAAGAGUAUCGCGAAGAUUUCAUCAACCCUCUCAAGGAUCAAUGCCGCCAGGUCAUCAUGGGACACAAGUCUCGGGCACCUCCUCUGCCACCCUCGGGCCCGUCUCCAAGUACGGACCAGCACCAAUUCCGCAUCUCUCGAGGAACCACAAACCCCAACAUGGCAUACAUGGCUCAGCGUCGCGCCUAUGCUCAUAGACCCGGACCUCUUCGUUCUGGCCGAUCCGCUCCGGCUCCACGCCACACCAUGCCCGUUAGUUCGGCAACUCCUGGAGCUAUGCCGCACCACUUCCAGUACAACAUGGCUUCAGCACCCAUGUAUGAUCCCCGGCAACAGCAACAAUUUGCAAUGAUGCAGCAAGCUAGUGGAGGCAUCAUUGCCGAGGACUUGCGGAGUUUCCAGUCUAUUGCUGGCAAUGUUCCAGAGCAGGACAUUGACAUGCCGGAUACUGAUAUGAUGGACUCUACAUUCAUGUCAAGUCCGAGCUUUUCAGGUCCAUAUGGACCUCAAGGUAUUACGACCGCUGCUGAUGGAGCAUGUAUUACGUCCACAGACCCCAUGAACCCACACAUACAGUUUGGGUUUGACUCAACAUACACAUAACAAAGCAGACGUGUGAAGCUCGCUUCAUAUUGAUCUUGCAAACUGUCCCUAUUCUUCUUCUUUGUCUAUAUAUCUGUCGGUGAAACAGCAGACAUGGCGUGUCCCCUAGCACCAGUUUUCUUAUGGUUAUUUAUGGAUGGGAGUAGUUUGGAAGUAUUUCAUGGUUAUGCUAUUGCUCAAAAGCCAGGAUUGUGUUUGAGUGUGUUCAAGGUAUGGGAGUUUGUUUGGUAUGGUUGAUAGGUUACACAUCUUAGUGUAUUGGAUUUGAUACCCCCUGCUUGAAUGAAUAGCAUUAUUUCCCAGGAUACAACUGUAUAUGUGAUUACUACGACCCAUAAGCUCUGUGCCAUGUGUAUCCUCGUGAUGUUAUGAUA